CUGAGUGACCUCCCCCUGCUACACACACCCUCCGUUGCCUCACACACUCCUCUGAGAGAGAAAAGGAGUAAGGCUGAUUUGAGUAGACUGGGGAGAAAGUGCUAGAGAGGAGAAGAGGGAGAGCAAGAGUGCAAAAGAGAGAAAGAGACAGAGAGACAGAGGUAGAGACAUAGAGAGAGGGGAGAGAGAAGGAGAGAAAGGGGACUGGCAGAAGGAGGUCACCGCUAAUUACAUGUGUCAAUCCAGAGUCACAGAGUCAUGGACGACAAGAGAGAGCGGUAUAGUGUGGAGACUGGUGUGAAGAUUCUUGAAGGACUACAACUGUGUUGAAGUGACCCAUUCACGGAACAUCUGAGAGGAAAUUAAAAUAGGGAAAAGAAGAAGAAGAAAAGAAGAAUAAGAAUUAGCGGGGGCGCCUAUUUUCCGUUUCUCUGAAUAUCAGCAGCCAUGUGCUCCUGCUGUAGCCGCGGGCUAAAGCUGCUGCUAACUCUCUUAUCGUGAGAGCCGUGUGUCUGUGGCUCACACACUGAUCUGUCUAUCCCAGCUUGCCAAGAGAGAGAGAGAGAGAGAGAGAGAGAGAGAGAGAGAGAGAGAGAGAGAGAGAGAGAGAGAGAGAGAGAGAGAGAGAGAGAGAGAGAGAGAGAGAGAGAGAGACAGUAAGAGAACGAGAGAGGAGAGAGCAGAGACAGAGAGAGGAUUCCAGCUGUCAAAGAGGAGCAGGUCACCUGACCAUCUGGGAAAUCCUUUAAACAGACACUGGUGCUGUCAGGACUGGUGGACAGGAGGUACACACAGCAGAGAGGAUUGGACUGGACUGCUGUUUGCUCGGUCACAGUAAGAACACUGUCUGUACAGGUUUUCUUUGGACAAUACCAUCAGCUCGCAGGACCCGUAGUCUUACAGUAGUCACGGGGGAGCAGUAGACUGUGUCCAGGCUGUAACCGUGAAGGUGCUGGUAGAGGGACUGGAAGAGGGACCAUGUCCACCAGAGUUCAACUGGAGCACCUGAGGAGGGACAACCCUGGAAAGGUCAAGACCCCCACCCCACGACUUCCUGCCCGAGUCCCAACUGUCACUCUGACCAAUCACAGGCUGCUGAUGGACAAAAGGAACCUUCACAGUCACCAAUCAGGCGACAGAGAGACAAACCUGGCAAACCACAAUCAUCAAAGAGGCCAUGAAGGUGGUUCAGACCAGACGGUUGGAACGAUGCCAGAUUCACCUGCUGAUGUCAAAACCCAGCCUAGGACGACUCCGCCCACAAUGCCACCUCCACCCCCGGCCGUCAGCCAGGCAGCCAAUCGAAACGCUUCAUUCACGCCCACCAACAGUAAGUCAAUGCUGAACGGCAGCAGCCACUCCCCCACCUCGCUGAACGGUGCACCGUCGACACCCAACGGCUUCAGCAACGGGCCCGCCAUGUCAUCUACUGCCUCGCUGUCCAAUCAGCAGCUGCCGCCGGCCUGCGGCGCCCGGCAGCUCUGCAAGCUGAAGCGUUUCCUCACCACGCUGCAGCAGUUUGGAAACGACAUCUCGCCGGAGAUCGGAGAGAGGGUCCGCAGCCUGGUGCUAGGGUUGGUGAACUCCACUCUGACCAUCGAGGAGUUCCACUCUAAACUCCAGGAGGCCACCAACUUUCCUCUGCGUCCCUUUGUCAUUCCAUUCCUCAAGGCUAACUUGCCCCUGCUUCAGAGAGAGCUGCUCCACUGUGCCCGGAUGGCCAAGCAGACCCCGGCCCAGUACCUAGCCCAGCACGAGCAACUGCUGCUGGACGCCAAUGCCAGCUCCCCCCUGGACUCCUCUGAAAUAAUGCUAGAGGUCAAUGAGCACGGCAAGAGGAGGACACCAGACAGGACCAAAGACAGUUCAGAGAGAGAGGGCCUGCACCCUGAACACCUAGCCAAGAGGCCUUGCACCAUCAGCCCCAGCCAGCGAUUCAGCCCCAGCACAGGCCUGCCCGCCCAUCCGCCCCCCAACGGCCUCCCCCACCCCCCCAACGGCCUCCCCCACCCCCCCAACCCCCCGGCCCCACAGCACUACCGGCUGGAGGAUAUGGCGUUGGCCCACCACUACCGGGACGCCUACCGGCACAACGAACACCGCGACGGCCGGGAACGACACCGGCCCACCGCCGUUCACGGGGCACGCCAGGAGGAAGUAAUUGAUCACCGACUGACAGAUCGAGAAUGGGCCGAGGAGUGGAAGCAUCUAGAUAAUGUACGUAUCGCUGGGCUGUUGAACUGCAUCAUGGACAUGGUGGAGAAGACGCGCCGGUCGCUGACAGUGCUGCGCCGUUGCCAGGAGGCCGACCGCGAGGAGAUGAACCACUGGAUCCGUCGCUACAGCGAUGUGGAGGAUAUGAAAAAAGGUGGGAGCAACGGACAGCACCGCCCUCCUCCUCCUCCUCACCACCACAACUCCUCCAACACAGCUAACAGCAGCGAGUCUCAGCCCAUAGAGAUCCAUAGAGACUUCCUCCACAGGCCUGCAUCUGGAUACCUUCCAGAGGAGAUCUGGAGGAAAGCUGGUACCCCAGGUAUCCAGCUUUCCCCAGCUCUAAAGCAGCUCCAAAACAAGCAGGAGGAGGCAGUGAACGAGGUGAAGAGACAGGCCAUGUCGGAGCUCCAGAAGGCUGUGUCGGAUGCAGAGAGGAAAGCCCAUGAGAUGAUCUCUGCCGAGCGCUCUAAGAUGGAGAGAGCCCUGGCCGAGGCCAAGCGACAGGCGUCGGAGGACGCACUGACUGUCAUCAACCAGCAGGAGGACUCCAGCGAAAGCUGCUGGAACUGUGGACGCAAGGCCAGCGAGACCUGCAGUGGCUGCAACACUGCGCGCUACUGUGGCUCCUUCUGCCAGCACAAGGAUUGGGAGAAGCACCAUCACGUCUGUGGCCAGGGGCUUCAGGGCCUGCCCGGGAACAGCUCUGUCCCCCUGGGCACCCCUUCUUCCGCCUCAGCCUCCUCCACUGCACCACCUACCCACUCGGAGAACGGGCCCCCAGGCCCGCUGUCUCUGACUGGACAGAGCACUGUGGGCGGAGGGGCUGGGAGCAUGUCCUCGAGUCCCAAAGAGGCUAGUUCCAGCUCCAGCAGUGCCUCUCGGUCGACCACCCCUGCCACGCCCGCUCUGCUGGAUGCCACCUCCCGCUGACCGUGCGUCUGUCACCCCCCCCCCCCCGCCACAUCCACUGAAGCUACAGCACCCUGCAUCCAAACCAAACUGAGGAAUCUCUGUCCAUCUGCACUCCAUUCAUUCACUCCUUCCUAACUACAGCUGUAAGAAAAAGCUACACCGCGUCACCCACUUACUGAAUACUUUUAGCUACCUGACGUUGACCUCAUUCUUUCAACUCCCCAGCCUCCAAAAAUGUUUUUUUUUCCUGCCGGCUACAUAGGCUUUCUCUAUUUCAAAUGCACCAAUCUACAGGCUUAAAAUAAGUUGCUUGGGGUCCACUGUAUUUGUUUAGCAUGGCUAGUAUGGGGCCUUCCUUCACUGAAGCUCUAAGACAGACACCAACACAGAGAGAAAAUCUCAUCUCUCCUUGCCCCACUAUGAAUGCAUGGAGUUGAUAGGUGAGCUCUGAUCAUGUUGAGUAAUAUAAGCUUUGAGAUCCAUGUUAGACCAACCCAUAGCCUCAGAGAUAUAAACUCAGUGAGAUGAUGUAUGUGUCAUGGACAUGCAUGGACCCUAUAACAAGACUGAUGGAGGUAAAGCAGAAGUAAGUAGGAGAUACCUAGAUUGAUAAGCACUUGGAGCAGAUUAUGCUUUAACCAAGCUUCAGCAAUGCUCCAACCCCAGCAUGUGCACUACCAGUCUGGACCAAUCAGAGAUGUGGCCACUCAUUCUGUCAGUCUGGACAGUUCCUGUAUAGUGUCAACAUGGUAUGGAGACAGACAAGGGUCUUAAUACAUUUGUUAAACCGGAGAAGAACAGGAGAAAUACUUGGUGCAAUUUGAUUCCUCAGAAACUCUUCCUUUCACAACACGGCUAAUUAUUUAUCUAAUGUUUCUUUUUUGGCUUUAAGGGAAAAAAAGUCCAAAUAUUCUGAAUGAUUAAUAAUAAUGAUGCUAAUAAUAAUAAUAAUGUCAGAAAUAAAAUAAAAAACCUGUUAACUACCUUGCUAGCGAGCCAAGAAAAUCUACACCGGACUCACCUCUCUGUACCGAUGUAAACCCAAAUGAAUUCAAAGAAGAAGAAAAAACACAAUCCAAACCUUUUUAUUACACUGCCAAAGUUAAUGGGAGACAAGGAGAAGCACUCAUCUUGUAACCAAACGCAAGCAACAUCACCUCCUCAGUAGCAGAUUGAGCCCUGAAGGACACUGGCUGUAGCAGAGCAGCAGGACUACCAGACUGGAUACAGUCUGCCAGACAAGCAGGCCCACAGACCAACUAGGAUUCUGUAUUUUGAGGAAGUAUGUAGCUGGUCUGUGGCUGACCUCUACUCUCCUGUCCUGGCCUACAUUGACUCUUCCUCAGUGGCAGCUCAGACUAGAAAACACCCUAGCGGAAUGUUGUACUCAAGUACACCUGCCACAAAGACUUUAGAGAGGGAAGGACAAGAGACUGAGCAAGAUAGUACUCUAAAUGGCAAAGACAAGAGAAGGAAAUGGUAUAGAAAAAAAAGACAAAACAGAUACUUGGCAUCUAACGGAAUACGAAUGGCAUAGGAACUGCCAAAAACCUCAAAAAAACUGAAAAAACCCUGUCCAAGCAAGCAUUGUACAUUACGGCUACGACCUUCCUUCCUAUUCGUUUUUUCUAAGAUCUCUAUGAAGAGGAAACAUUUGAAUGAAUUGUUGUACCUUUUCACCCUCCUCCAUCCUUUUCCAAAGCAUGAGAAACAGACUAAAGAGCCUCAUUGAGGAGUGUAGAUUUGUUUGUUUUUUCUCUUCUAUCUCUCUACCUCCCCCCAAAAUCUCUCCUGUUUGUUCCUCACCCCUCCAGCUUCUCUCAAUCCCCAGUCACACCUGACCUUCCCCCUAACCCGACACCACUUAGGACAGAACCUUAGAACAGUUCUGUGGGAUAGGGAUGAUCCUGCUUGUAGAUAGAAUAAUUUAUGUUUCUCAAUAACGUCUCUGUCUCUGAUGCUGUCUACCUGUGCUAUCCUUUGUAUGUACCCAGAAACACAAAUAUUGUUUUUGUCUUUUAUUCUCUCUCGUUCAUUUGGGCUGAACAUUGAAGUCAGAGCAAAGACACUCUGUGGGAGAGAGAAAGCCCCAUAUUGUACUUAUUGUUGAAUUUUGAAUUGAAGAAACUCCUGUUGUAGAAUAUUUUAUAUUGCUCGCAUUGUAAGACAGUGAGAGGACGGAGGUGCAAUAUGAAGAGAAUUCAGCUACUGAAAGGGACCUCAGCAACUGCCCCUUAGGGUGUCAUAUAAUAGAGAUACAUAUAAAUAUAUUUAAAGCAACAUCAGUAACUUAAUGUGAAUGUACAUAGUAUUUAAAGAGGUCCAAAAAUGUGUUUGCCAAAUAACAGAAACCUUUAAAGUAUAAUGUCCACAAUAUGAUUUCUUUUUCUUUACAAUUAUUUUGUUGGUUUUCAAUCAUAAUUAAUAACUUCUCAAGUUAACAGUGGCCGCUUCAUUUCUAGCAGACUAACACAAUCAGUCAAAAGUGGUUGUGUAAACUGGUCACAAUCAUCUCCUUAAAGUGCUCCAGUAGGGGUUGCGGUUGAUUGACAUGUCAUACUCUAUAACUAACUCCCAACCGGAGGGGAACCGUCUGAAACUGUGAGAAACAUUGCCAUCCUUUGGUCUGACAUGCCACUGCAGUGGUCCAGCCUCCAUCCACAGCAACCCACAACCCCAUGAAGCAGCCUAGAGUAAGGAGGUAAUUAAAUCCCUGAAUGGAAAUUCCCAACUAACCUUUUAACUUUUGAUCUUGUCACUGCCGACUGUGUUCCCAUCCUGUCCAUGCAGAUGCAGCGUGGACACAUACAGUAUGUUCUGGAACAGAGUGUAGACCUUUCUACGUUUUUACAUAUAGGUAGAGUUGUCACAGUUGUCACAGUUCCAGACUUACAAGCUCUCAGACAACAUAUUCCCAUGAGACACAGAGAUGCUCUUGAAUUAUGAUUUGAGGGGAAAUUACAAACCCAAAAGGCCCAUUUUAUUAUAACUAAAUUAUUUGGGUAUAUAGGACUUGAUUUGGCUGUGUAACCUCUGAAAUGGACCAAACUUUGCAAAUAUUUCUGUUACGCCUUUUGUUUGGAAUGUUCCAGUAAUAGCAAGGGUCUCUCACAUCUUUAGAGUGACAUUAAGGAAUCAGACGUUUAGAUUGAACCAUUUGCUAUAUUUACCACAUUAUGUACAUGGUCUAGUUUACUACAUGCCCUUAUCAAACAUAAUAUAUAAACCUCUCAAAUGUGAUGAACUGUGAGGUACCCUUACAUCUGUAUGUAGCCUUUGUGUGUGUCCUGUACAGUAUGUUACCAAUAAUGCAUCGACUUCAGCCCAUUUGUGUUGGUGAACCUCUUCAGCACGAUCUUAACCUGCGCCUCAAACCAUACCCCCCACCUCUCCCCCAACGCCCCCACCUCAAUACCUACCUCCUGGAACCGUACAGCUAAGGACUGGGCCACGAUCCCGGGUUUUCAAAGCAAGGUUGUUGGCGGGCAUGCAAACACACUGAGAUGUUCUGAAAUGGUAAGGGUUGUCAAAGGAUUUGUCAUCAUCAAUUACUCCACAUGUUUCGAAGACAUGUCCAGCCUCACUCAACCAGCCUGUAGUCAACCAUCUCUCUACUACACUGGACACACACCAUGUCCACUGUGUCCAACAUACACUCUAUUGUUCUCUCAUUACCAAAUGAAACUCAAACCUGUUACAUGCCAUUUCUUGUCCUAAACCAAUAAGAAGCACAGACCAAAGUUAUCCUAUGGGGCUGUAGAUGUUGACAUGGAGUGUAGAGUAGGACAUGACCAGAGGAAGAUGGAGCUCCACUGUAUCAAUUAACCAAAGUGUCUGAAAUAUACACAUGCCCUGAGCACAUAGGAAAAAAACACAAAAAAAGAUGCACCGCCAAGGGAGGAGAUUGGGUAAAUUAUUGAUACAAGACAAGCAAUCAAAGCGCUUGUUCCUGUAAAACAUAUCUAAUGACUCGGUUUGGAGGAAAGGAUAGAUGAAAUUUAGAAUUCCUGUUAGAUGCUUUGACAAAACCUUGCUUGUGGAUAGAAUAAAUGCAUGUCUGUAUGUGUGUAUGUGUUUACAUGUGUGCGUGUGUGUGUGUGUGUGUGUCUGUGUGUGUGUGGGGGUUUACUUUUUAUCCUUACUUCUUAAUUUCUCUGUACAAACAUACUUGAAACUUUCUGAGCUUUAAUGAAACACAUUGGGCAGAUGAAUGGCAGAGAAAAAGAUGUAAACGGCAUCGCUAGCAUUCUUUCUCCCUUUACAUUUAAUGGACACACCAUAUCUACUACAUAGGGCUGUGAUGAUGACAAUUCCACUGCAAAUACCCAUCAUGCUCCACUCAGUGUGUUUGCAUUCUUUUCUAGUCUGCCAACCAACCCUGAAACACAAAUAUAACACAAAGAGCUGUCACAACAGUGACUGCAUUACUGACGAAAAUCCAACCAAAAAUUAUAUUUCCAUAUCUUUUUUACUUCCCCUCUAGCCUCUGAGCCAUCCUGUUGGGCUAGAGCAGUGUCUGUUGAGGUAUACAGAGGAAGCAGAUUAGUCUACCUGUCACUGUGUCAUAGACUAUGAUUAUAUCCCAUCAAAACUUCAGUGUUGGCUAUUGUUAUUCUGCUUGAAAUCCACAGUCCUGGGGUGUACUGAAUAGAUACCCUUCCAUUCCUUUUGAUCUACAUACAAUUCUUUCUCACAGUUAUCUGUUAUGGCGAUCAUCAUCAUAUAUGAAGAAGACAAAUUACAAAUACUAACAGCUUGGCACCUGCUCCUCCCCUAACCAGUUUACACCUAUAUAUACCAAUGGAGUUUUGUAGUUUGUCUGAUGGUUAGCCCUGUAAGGUCCACACUAAACCAAGUUGAGUUGGUGAAGGUGUACUUGGUUUGCCAAAAUGCCAUGGUGGGGAUAGUGGUGUUUUCUAUUAUAGCUUGGAGACAACAAAAGCUUGUUUUUUUUAUGUGUAGGCAUUAUUAUACUGUAUUGUGCAAUACAUUAUUACAGAAAAUACUAUAUUUCUGUAGGAGAGGUCCGCGCUUUGAAGAAAAUGUUUUUCUUUUUUUUUUCUUCCUCUUCAAGGGUCCUCCUGUUACCAUUCUUUAGAUGAAGUGAACUGUGCCAGAAGAAUUUAAUUCAGACGUUUAUUUAUUUCUUGCAUGCUUUACUCCCUGUUGCUCUUUCUCCUCUUUAUCUGUGCGCUCUGUUGGAUGUGUGAAGCUGUACAUGAUUCUAAUUCAGGUUAUUGUCUGUGUUGAACUAUGUAAUUGUGUCAUUAAAAAUGAAAUUAAACAUUA